CAUUAAAAUAAUCGAUGUGCCCGACCUAUGACUAAUAUAUCUAAAACAUGUAGCUUUUGAAUUUAACAAACAACAACUUCAUUUUUAUCAAGUUUACAAUCAUAAUUUGUAUUUGCAAAUAAACAUAUUAUAUGUACAAUCAAAAUGGCUAACAAGGAGUAUUACGAAAUAUGGCUUAAGUUGAAAGAACAGAUGAAUAUAGCAUUUGCUGAAGAUACGCGGCUACAGGAAUUGGCUGCGGCUGAGGUGGGCAUCAAGCCUCAAGGGACCGCUGUGGAAGUAGUCUCCAGGGUCUACAACAAGUACUGUGACAUCUACAACAAACUGUGCGACUGCUACGAUAUGAUGGGACAAGUCCAAAGAAGAGCUUAUGUCAAGAAGAUCAUUGACGCAAUCACCUGUAGAAUACUCGAGUUGAAAUUAACGCUAGAAGAAGUGGAAGUGUUUGAAUACACCUAUCCUGAUAAUGCUCUUCAGCAAAUGUUAAUGGUUCCGCAAGAUAUACAAAUCCUCUGUCCAUUUUUUUAUCCUUUCGAAAUGAGAAGUAAAGAAACGCAAUAUAUUAUUGAUCAAAUAUUUGCUGGAAACAGAAUAGGAGAUCCUACACCAACACCUUCUGAAAUACAACGCCAAGAAGACGAGCGAUUAGAAGAAGAAAAUCGUAUUAGAGAGGAAAAAGAAGCUGAAAUUAAAAGAAAAUUAGCUAUGGGUGAAGAUAUUGAAUUAUCAGAGCCUUCAAUCGUAUACACUGCAGCUGAGUUGGAGGAAAUGAGAAAACUUGAAGAGUAUAACAGACAUAUUAACAAUAUUCAAAGGAUGGAAAGAGCUAGAUAUAUUGUUAGAGAAAAAGUCCAUAAAUUUAAUAAAGACAGAAAUUUGUAUCUAGAACUUGCAGGUCUUAAAGCCCCUCCAGCCAGAGAGGAGUUAAGAAUAAAAGCUGCAAAACUAAUACAGGACACGUACAGACUUUUCAUGCAAAUAAAAAGAAAUAAUGCUAGAGAUUACAAAUUAAGAACAAAAAUGGGUAUGAUAAUUCCAUCAUGGAAUCCUCCAUCGGCUAAAAUACAACUAGAAAAAGUUAAAGAAGAACGCAGAAAUUUUCGCCGAAAAUAUUUUGAAAAGUUUUUGGCAGAAAAUCUCAAAGAAAAUGCCCGAGUUUUCAAACUUCGUGAGGGUGACAUAAUGGACGACAUAACAGCUGAAAUUAAUCAAUGGUUAAGAGAAUGGUACAAACAGGUAAAAAUUUUUGACGAGUUUCCUUACCCCGAUGAAGGAGGCUCUAUACUGAUUGUUCGAGGAGACACAAUGACUGUCGAUGAAUACGUUGAAUGGCGUCUAGCUGAAGAUAAACGAUUAAAAGCUGAAGCUGGUGCUCCAAAGUCAAAGGAACAGAUAAAAGCAGAAAAGAAAGCAGCAAAGGAAGAAAAAAAGCGUCUAGAAGAUGAAGCCAAAGAAAAAGAGAAGAAACGAUUGCUAGAUUAUAAAAAGUCUCGUCUUAACCCAGAUAACGAUCCCGGUAUAUAUUUAUACAAAGGAAGUACUUUGGAUCAAUUACAAGAGGCUUGGUUUGAGUAUCAAAAUCAGUGGAGAGAUAUUGACACUGCAGAUGCUCCAAUUGAUGCAAUAAAAGGCUACAUAAUGCAACUAAUAACAGAAAAUGCUUACAAAGAUGUGCAAUUACAGCUUCGCCCAAUUGUUGAUGAAGUGAUGAGACUUGAAUUAAAACUUUUAAAUAACUCUCUUAAAAACGACUAUUUGGAAGGUGGCGUCGCUAAACCUCCUACAAGUAAAAAACGAAAAAAGCCUAGGAAAAUCAAGCCACCUAAACCUGAUAAAAUCAAACCUGAAACGAUGUUCCAAGAGUUGGUAGAUGAAGGCAUCAUUAUAAAAUACCCAAAGACUACCCUAGAUGAUUUUUGGGGCGAUCGAAACUAUGCUGCUGCGGACUUACGAGCUGUUUUGUGGACUCCAUCGUUUCCACCACCUUGCUAUGGAGAUGUUAGAGAUUUAGUAAGAACGCGAUGUAUUUUAACACUUGGUUGUUCUUGUCCCAAUGCAGUCAGAACACAGUUGUUAGUGGGUCCUAAAGGAGCCGGUAAAAGAACUCUUAUAUAUGCUGUAGCAACAGAAACUAAUUCCAUAAUAAUGGACCUAUCACCAAUGAACGUUUAUAAUAAAUAUCCCGGUAAAAAUAUCAAAAGAAUGUAUCAAUUCAUUGUCAGAAUUAGCAAGUUAAUGCAACCUACUAUUAUCAUGGUGCAGGAAGCUGAUAAAUUGUUUUAUAAAAAAGUUCCCAAGGAAGAAAAAAUGUUUGAUCCGAGCAGGCUGCAAAAAGAUUUCUUCAAAGAAAUAAUUAAACCGAUUGCAUUCAAUGACAAGAUUUUAGUUUUAGGUACCUGCACAGAACCUUGGAUUUCCAGAGGCGCUGUUAUGUAUAAAUGUUUUCCGUCUCAAAUUAUGCUCCCGAGAUCAGACUAUAGUAGUAUAACUUAUAUAUUGACAAAAAUGCUGAUGAAAUUUCAUGGAGUAAAUCGUGAUUUCAAUGUACACAGUGUUGCUCAAGUUUUGAGAGGCUUUGAUUUGCGCUCUGUCGUGAAAGGAGUGACGGCUCUGAUGACUCCAGACAGAGUGGCUAAGUUGAACAGCCAGCCUCUACAACCAUUAGAGGUUCUGAAUGCGGUGCUAAAUUGUGAAGGAGUACAGUACACAGAUGAACAGGACUGUGAGAUGUACAAGGAGUGGUAUCUAUCUUAUUCUCCGUGGGGCCAGAAGUAUGUCGAUUACAUGGCGAUGCUGGACUCACAACUGAUGUACAAACUGAAAAAAGAGAAGAAAAAGAAAGGAGGUUAAAUAAAAUACGAUUAUCAACAGGUUUUUUACAACAUUUUUUGUAUAUUUUUCUAUUUAUAUUAUUCGUAUACUAUUUUCAAAUAUAAAUCUGUUUUUAACUA